CUCUCGAAAGCGAACGGUCGUGGCUCGCUCCCGGUUUCUAAGUUGUUCUUGUGCUUGUGACUUUGUUUGCAUUUGCACACUAUCUUUGUGUUUGCUCUUGCAUUUGCGUUUGCGCCGUUGCCACACAAUUGUUUUUGUUGACGUGCGCGCGUGUGUCUUUGCGACUUUGUUUGCUUUUGUGGACCUAAAAUCACUUGUUGCUAAAUGCUUUUUCCCUUUUUGGUUACGAUUUGGCCAAAAGAGAGAGAUGAAGGAGAAAAACAAAUAGUGGCCGCUAGUUGAGUUUUGUUUGUGUUUGCUGAGAGUUUUUUUUUGUGGUUUUUUGUUCAAGUGAAAGCGUGUGAAAAGUGGCCAACGCACUCUCUUUUUGGCUCUCUUUUGGCAAGUUAACUGCGGACCCCGACACUCCAGCGAUAUCCAUAUCCACAUCCAUAUCCUGCCUUGCGGCCAACCCAACGCUUCCGGUCAACAUGCAACCGCAAUUGUUGCAUCGCCGCAGCCUCCGUCCUUCAUCGCUAUUAUCUUCAUUAUCAGCAUCACCAUCAGCAUUAUUAUCAUCGCCAUCGUUUUAGCCACAGGUGUAGAUCACAGCAUCAGCACCAUUUUUGAAUGUCAACCAGGAGUGGACGCAGAAUGACCACUCCGGGCACACUAUAUCGGUUGGCCAGUGGUGCCGCCACACCUGCCACGCCCACCAACAGCCAAUACGCCCAGCCGCCCAAGCCAUAUGCCAUUGGCUCGAUCCAGAACGGAUCGGAACGGAAUCGCCUGCUGGAGCUGCUGCGAGCCCCCAACAGUUUGACCUCGCCCAGUUUGGAACCCUCCUCCAAAGGACUGCUCAAUGGACCCGGCCAGAACAACUGCUUCCUCAACUGUGCCGUUCAGGUCUUGUGGCACCUGGACGCCUUUCGACGAUCGUUUCGCGGCCUAAAUCAGCACGUUUGCGGUGGCCAAGACUGCAUCUUCUGCGCUCUAAAGGAACUGUUUCAGCAACUGCAGACCAGUUCGGAGCCGGCCCUGUGUCCGGAGCCACUGCGUCGGGCCUUGGCCAGCGGUCCCCUCGCAGGACGUCGAUUCCCGCUGGGCUGCCUGGGCGAUGCCGCCGAGUGCUUCGAGCUGCUGCUCCAUCGCGUCCACUCGCACAUUUCGCCGGACGAUGGCGACUCCUGCGAGUCCUCCGCCUGCAUCGCCCACCGGAGGUUCGCCAUGCGGGUCAUCGAGCAGAGCGUCUGCAAGUGCGGCGCCAACUCCGAGCAGCUGCCCUUCACCCAGAUGGUGCACUAUGUAUCCGCCUCGGCCUUGACCUCCCAGAAGAGUCUGGCGCUGCAGUCGCAUCAGCAGCUGAGUUUUGGCCAACUUUUGAGGGCGGCUGGCAACAUGGGCGACAUACGCGAUUGUCCGAACACCUGUGGCGCGAAGAUAGGCAUUUGCCGGGCCCUGCUCAACCGACCGGACGUGGUGUCGAUCGGCAUCGUGUGGGACUCGGAGCGGCCGGCCGCGGAGCAGGUGCACGCCGUGCUGAAGGCAGUGGGCACCAGCCUGCGCCUGGGCGACGUCUUCCACCAGGUCAGCGAGCAGCGGUGGGCGCAGCAGACGCAGCACGAGCUGGUGGGCAUUGUGUCCUACUACGGCAAGCACUACACCACCUUCUUCUUCCACACCAAGCUGAAGGUGUGGGUCUACUUCGACGACGCCAACGUCAAGGAGGUGGGUCCCAGCUGGGAGGGCGUGGUGGACAAGUGCAGUCGGGGCCGCUACCAGCCCCUGCUGCUCCUCUACGCGGUGCCCCAGCAGCCGUCUCCCAUGGAGCACCCCUCCGCGGCCCUGGCUGCCCCAGUCCGACGGGCGGUGACGCCCAGCCCGGAGAAGCCCAGUCUGGGCACCACGCGACGGGCCAUCACACCCACGCCGCUGAGGACGCCCGCCAACGACUACCAGAACCUGAGUGUCAUCCAGAAGACCAUCUUCCCGCCGCCGCUGCCGCCGCCGCCGCCGCUGGGCAGCGACGAAACGGAUGCCUACAUCAGCCGCAAGACAGUGGAGCACGUGCUCAGCGCCCAGUACCAGAAUCUGAGUGUGAUCCAGGACAAGAUUGGAGGUACUGCUGCAGCUGCAGCUGGCACUGCACAAAAUGGAGACAAGGAGGGCGGCUUUCUCAGCCGCAAGCCCAUGGAGGCGGUGCUGAGUGCCCAGCUGGCCAGGCGGCAGCACCUCCAGCUGCAGCGGAGCCACAGCGCCGAGUCCAGCUCCAACGGCAGUUCGCCACCCAGCGACGGGUUGACCAUGCCGGAGCACUUGAACCAGCCACGUCGCCGGGACUCGGGCAACUGGUCGGGGGAUCGGAACAGUGCCAGCUCGGCCAGCUCCACCACGCUGGACAAUCCCUACCUGUACAUGGUGGCCAAGAGGGGUGCUAAUGGCAGUGGUGGUGCCGGUAACGGAGUGGUGGGCGCCGUGCCGCAGAGUCCCACGCGGCACGGCCUGCCCUACGAUCCCGGCUACGACUCGUUCUCGCUGAGCUCUACGGACUCGUAUCCGCCCAAGCACGCGCUCAAUCCGCAGCUGGCCAAGAUCCCCGAGGCGGGCCACGGCCACGGUGGCUCCAACGGCGGCCUGGCGCUGUCGGGCGACUGCGAGAAGCUCUGCCACGAGGCGGACCAGCUGCUGGAGAAGUCGCGCCUGGUGGAGGAGUCGCACGACCUGGAGACAGCCCUGGUGCUCUGCAACGCGGCCGCGGGCAGGGCCAGGGCCGCCAUGGAUGCCCCCUAUAGCAAUCCGCACACCAUGACCUUUGCCCGCAUGAAGCACAACACGUGUGUGAUGCGGGCCAGGAGCCUGCACCGCCGCAUCCUGCUGGAGAAGGGGGCCGAGGCGGAGGCCAUGCCGGAGCUGAAGCACAUGCGCGAUGGCAGCAUCGGCAGUGUGAAGCACGUGCGCCAGAACAGCAAGGAUCGCACCUUGGACAAGGAGCAGCUCCACCAGCAGCUCCACCAGCAGGUCCAUCAGCAGGUGCAUCAGCAGAUCCAUCAGCAGAUCCCCAUCCCGGCCAGCAUUGAGAUCUAUGCCACGCUGCCCAAACGCAAGAGUCCCCUGAAGGCACUGGCCACCGCCUCAGCCGCCGCCGCCGCCUGCGAUGACAACCUCAUCGAGUACGAGCAAAUGGAGAAGCAGGUGGCGUCCAGUCCGGGCAAGCCGGAGCGGGAAAGCCGCUCCCUGUUCGGCAGGAGGGAUAAGGACAAGGACAAGGAUAAGGAGAAGGAUAAGGACAGAGAGAAGGAGAAGCGCAGUCGCAGCGAGGAUCGGCACAAGCUGACACGCGAGUUCUCGCUGACCGAGACGCUGCUCGUCAACGCCAAGGACACGCUGAAGAAGCACAAGGAGGACAAGGACGAGAAGAAGGAGAAGGACAAGAGCGGCAAGAAGCAGCACAAGAUCAGGCGCAAGCUGCUGAUGGGCGGACUGAUACGCCGCAAGAACCGCUCCAUGCCGGACCUCACCGAGGCAGCAGCCGACGAGGCGGUGUCCAGUGGCAGUGCCCACUUGAGCCACCACCACCACUCCCAUCAUGGUGGUGUCCACUAUGGCAGCCCCAAUGGCGUCGGCGGCGGCAGUGUGACCCUGGAUGACAGUGCCGUGGGCCUGGGCCAGCAGAAUGGCCACCUGAGCGGCCUGAGCGGCUACAUAUCGGAGGGGCACUUUGACUAUGCCACCGGAGCCAGGGAAUCGGGCGGCGGUGGCGGUGGUUCGCAGUCCGGCAGCAACCCCAAUCCGAACCUGGAGCGCAGCAAGCUGAUGCGCAAGAGUUUCCACGGCAGCGGCAGGCAGCUGACCAUGGUGCCCAAGGUGGCGCCACCGCCGCCCAUGCGCACCAGUUCCACGUUGACGCCCCAGCAGCAGCAGCAGCAGCAGCAGUUCCACCACGAGGCCAACUUGUCCAAUCUGUCGGCCAUGAGCUCGAACACCUCGAUCAGCGAGCAGGACUCCUGCCAGACGAUCAUCACCACCUGUGCCCAGGUGCACUCCGAGCAGAGUCCCCUGAAGGAUCUGCAGAUGCUGGGAGCGAGCGAGGAGCUGCCCCUGCCACUGGCACUGGCUCCUAUGGAACUGCCCCCGUAUCCCAGUCCGCCGCACUCCGCCUGCCACUCGCGACAGGCGAGCGAGGAUUUCCCGCCGCCACCGCCGCCGGAACUUGACUUGGAGCCGCUCAACCAGCAGCUGCACCAGCUGCAGGCCCUGGAGGCGGCCAGCAAGCACCAGCGGCAGCAGUUGGACAGCCUGGAGGGCACCACCAGCAUCCUGGCCCAGCUGCAGCAGCGACAGCACCUGCUGAAGAUGCGCAAGGAGCAGCAGCAGGUGGCGGGGGGCUCCGGCUCCUCGGAUGGCUCCACCUGGCUGAAGCAGGCCAACGAUCUGCGGGCCAUGCAGCGCAAGCUGGAGGCCUCCUCGCCCGCUAGCGUCAGGGAUCUGGCCCACCGCUUCGAGCAGCCCACCUCCAUCCGCUCCUAUGCCUCGCAGGAGCUGCUCAGCCAGCCCAGUCAGCAGGCGGGACAACUGCGCACCCAGAUGAACGGACUGCCCAGUGGCAAGCUGGAGGUGGACGAGGUGGACUCGGUGCGGACUGCACACCAGAUGCUGCCGAAGCCCAAGUACGAGAUGAGCCAGUCGCAGAUAGCCGAGGAGAUGCGCGAGGUGGAGCUGCUGAACAGCAUGGUGCAGCAGUCGUUGGCCCUGCCCAAGCGGGUGAAGAAGAAGAGCGUCUCCUUCUGCGACCAGGUCAUCCUGGUGGCCACUGCGGGCAACGAGGAGGACGACGACUUCAUACCCAAUCCCAUACUGGAGAGGGUUCUGCGCACGGCCCAGCACCCCAACGAGAAGGUCACCGCCCAGAUGAUCCAGCAGCAGCAGCAGAAUGUGCUGCGUCUGCAGACGGAGGCGCAGCCGCGACAGCAGCAACUGCAGCAGCAGUUGCAGCAGCAGCUGCAACAGCAAUUGCAACAGCAACAGCAACAGCAGCAGCAGCAACCAUCGCCCAUGUUGGGCAGACCAGCGGCAGCCACGCCCACAGAUAUGCAGCGUUAUGUGCAGAGGAUGCAACAACAACAGCAGCAACAGCAGCAACAGCAGCAACAGCAGCAGCAGCAGCAACAGGAGCUGUACCGCCAGCAACAGCAGCAACAUCGCACUAGUAUGAGCGGCAUAGCCAGCCAGCAACACUUGCAACAGCUGGAUGCACAGUACACCACCAUGCCACGCCCCCUGCAUCAUCCACAACUCCUGGCCCAAAGCUAUUCCGUGCAGUUGCAGAAGCACCAGCAACUGCAGCAGCAGCAACUGCAGCAACAGCAACAGCAGCAACAGCAGCAACAGCAACAGCAGCAACAGCAACAGCAGCAACAGCAAAGCCCCCAACUCAGUUUGGCCUACUUCAGCAAUGGCAAUGUGGCAGCCACCGAGCAAGUGCCGCUGCCUUCGCCUUACCAGCGAGUGCCCCUGCCGCAUGGCUACUACCCGCUGCAGCAGCAGCAGCAGCAACAGCAACAGCAACUGCAGCAGCAACUGCAACAGCAGCAGCAUCAACAGCAACAGCAACAGCUGAUGGCCAAGCCAGUGCAGAAGAAGGUGAGCUUUGAGCCGGGAACCAAGGGCGAAGCCGAUAUACUGCCGCCACCACCGCCGCCGCCUCAGAAGAACGGAUUGCCAGAGGCGGCACUAGGAUCUCCAGGAGCAGGAGCAACAACAAUAGCAGCCACUGGAACAGCAACAGCGACAGCAGGAACCGCCAUCACCGCCAUACCCACCCGCGUCUACAACAAUGCCAUUGUGAAGGCCUCGGCCAAGGCCGUCGAGUGCAACUUGUGCCGCAAGCGGCAUGUGAUUGCGCCGGCGGUGUACUGCACCAACUGCGAGUACUACCUGCAGAUGCUGAACCAGCGCAGAUGAUAGACGGAUGAACGCUGCUACACGGCCACAUCGCUCUAGUGCAACUCUCUAGCCGUACAUGGAACCUGUUAAUCUCAAGCAAUGCAUUGCUGCCACGUCGCCCAUAAGGAUCCGCCAAGGAUGUACAUAGCAUGGUUACAAAUCUUAGCAUAUAAGAGCGAACGGAGCGGACGGAGCUGCGCCAGGCAUCGAGACUCUAAGGCGGAACGCAAGCGGAGGGAAACCCGCAGUCACAGUCCUUCUAUGGUUCCACAUGAGAAGUUGCCGCUGUGACAGCCAGACCACCCAAUCACCCACCCACAAUCACCAGCCAAUGUCCCCAAGCACACGCACACAAGAAUAUUGUACACUUCCAUCCGCACAUACACAUAUACUUGCCCCGGAGGACUUGAGCUGCUUGGGUUGUAGACGAUGCAGAGGCUUUCAAUUUCAAAUGGCUCAAAUGCAGUCGGAAAACCACUUUCUUGGUUAAAGGAACAAUGGGGACUAAACAUAGCCUUAAAAUGAGCCAAACAUGUCUGAUUAGUAGCAAAAUUGACCUAAGGCCACUGCAUCGUUUACAACCAACAGCUCAAUGCCACCAGUCGCCCCAUUGGACAUCGAUCGCUUGACUAAUUGCAUUCCAAGAUACUAAAACACCCACGAUGCCUGGCCAGCCGUUCGCUUUAACUAAUCGAUUUUUGAUUUUUAAUUUUCGAUUUUUAAUUAAUUUUUUUAUGUUGUAUCUACGUGUAGGGAUAACAAGUGUUUUCUCUGUGUGUGACGCCAGCAGUUCGAAACUCGGUCGCUGAGCUUCCUUGUGCGUGCUGUUGUCCAACGACUCACGCAUUCCAUUUUUUUUUACAUUUUUUUAUAGUUAAAGCAUUUAUUCAUUUUUUUUUUACAAUUUUCGAACUUAAUUAGGCUAAGAAUAUGUGAGCAACUUUUUGUGUCUUAUGCAUUUAAACGAUUCCGUGUAUUUAUAGUGUUAAUACUACUUUUACAAUUUAUACAUACUUAUCUAAAGAUAGUAUAUAUUUUUAUGAUACAAUGAUUUAAAAAAGAUGAUUUCUAUUUGCAGUAUACAAGCAGCGAGAAAAGAGAUGUCAAGGCAUCCACAAAAAUGGUAAAAUAAUAUUUUUUCUAAAUAAAUGAAUACAUAAAAUAAA